UCCGCACACAACUUUCCUCUUCAUCUUAUCACUUCUUCUGGUCGGCAGACUGGACGCAUCAUCUCACGCUCCGGGAAUGGGAACUAAACUAGGUUCAAAGAAAAACUUCGAGUUCUUUCGAGUUUACGCGCUACAGAAGCUACUUUUCAAACUACAGGGGUAGUUGUUACUGCAGGUGUAGGUCGACAGCCAAUGACCUCUCAGACACACUAGAAGUUGUCAAGAGAGCUACAAACGCUAGAAGUCAGUAAAGCUCAAUAGAGUGGGCUGUCUGGAUUUUUAUCACAAGGGUAGUCGUGUACUUACAGACAACAGUAAACUUCACCCGAAGCGUGCGUAAAAGAUCUGUGCGUAAAGUUGGGGCUGUUACGCACGGUUCAAACUAAGUUUUAGCGUGGAAAGUAAUGCGAGGAAGUUGAAAAAAGAAAAUAUUUGUAAACUUCAGAAGCUGUUCAAAGGGUUUGCAGCAAUGGCAAAAUGGUUCAAAGAUUUCCCCAUCAACCUGAAGAACGGAAACGAGAGGGUCCGCUCGGCUUCUGAAUCUGGUUCACAAACUCGACCGAAACCCUCGUUUUCUCGAGACAGUCUGAAAGGAACUCCGCGCAAAGACGGUGGUGUCGGGGGUUUAUUGUCGGGGAGAAACAGGAAGAAUUCGGCGACAGAAUUGGGUCGUAAUAAUACAGGUCCUACUGGGACAGUCUGGGAGACUCUCACAAAUGGGAAAGGGCGCAAGAACUCCAAGAUCGAGACUGGGACAUCUGAUGAGAACCGCCAGGUCAGGACCUCUAGUUUGGCGCAAGCGUACAUCAGCAGGAUGAUCAAAGUAGAUAAACAAGACAAAACCCAAAAACUCAAUGGGAUCAGUGAGCAGAAGCUACCGGAGAACGAGAAGGGAAGGCCUGACAUUAAAACAACGCUGAUCAUCCUGGAGGACUAUGCAGAUCCUUUUGAUGCAGAGAAAACCAAGGAGCAGAGAGAGGCCGAGAGAGCAGGAGUGAAUGAUGGGUACAUGGAGCCUUAUGACGCACAGGUCAUCAUCACAGAGGUUCGCAGACGAGGCUCCAAAGACCUCCUGAAAGUGUGUGUCCUGCUGGAUCGAGGCCAGAGAGAAGGGAAGGGAGAGGAGAAAAAAUCCCCACCCCCAAAUAUCUACGACACACCCUACGAGGGCGGGUUGGAAGGCGACAGUGAGGGGGUGUGGAUCCCUGUCACACGGCCCGAGUCUGACGUCCGUCCCGCCGGAGAGUACGAACUGCCCUGGGAGUGGAGAAAGGAGGACAUUGUUAGAGCGCUGUCAGCUCAGUUCGAGACAGUGGAUUGUUCUCCCUGUAAAGAGAACAGUUCAACCUCCCUGCGACAGCAGCAGCAGCAGCAGCAGCAGCAGACACAGCAGCAACAAACCCUGAGGCAGAAGAACUGGAACAACAAAACACUUGUACCUUCCUCUCCAUCCUCCUCUUCUUCCUCCUUUCCUUCAUCUCCUAUUCUCAAACUCUCCCCUCUCACACCUCCAUCUCCCUCUUUCCCUACCCUCAAGCUUUCCCCUUCUUCUAGUCCCAACAAUAAACAUUCCCCUCCAUCUCCAACCUCCUCCAGUGCCCCGCUGGAUGUGGAGGCAGCUAAAGUGGAGCCGGGCCUGCCACUGGAAAAGCAGAGCUGGUACCAUGGCAGUGUGAGUCGGCAGCAGGCUGAGGCUCAGCUGCAGCGCUGCAGGGAAGCCAGCUUCCUGGUGAGAGACAGCGAAUCAGGAACCAGCAAGUACUCCAUCGCUCUGAAGACAAGUCAGAGUUGUGUGCACAUCAUCGUAGCCCAGACUAAGAGCGUUAAGGGCUUGGGCUUCACCCUGGAUCAGAGUAGCUGUGUGUUCUCCAGUAUCCCCGAGCUGGUCCACCACUAUUGCACACACAGACUGCCUUUCACUGGAGCAGAGCACAUGACCCUGCAGCAUCCUGUGUCCCGGCCACACUGAAGAUGUGAACGUGAAUACAGGACAGUUAAACACACUGGGACAUAUAGCCCAUGCACAGAGACAUGUAUUAUGUAAUAAUGCACAAAUUCACACAGACAGAAUGCAUCAACUUUUUCAUACAUGGGUAAAAAUGCACCCAAGGAUAUGCUGCUUUGGGGUUAUCCUGUUUACUACCUUAAAAAGUGUACAUGUUUGAAGCGCUUACAUGCACAACCUGGUGGCCAAAGUCAUUCAUCACAACAACCACUUAUCCAGUUGCCUUGUCUAUCAUCUCUAUGGACCAAACUCCAUCCAAAAACUGAUGUCUCAAUGCACACCGGACACUGCAUUCGCCAUAACCAAUCACAUACUUGUAACAAACGAGACAUGCUGGCACCAUGCCAUACAGUUAGGGUCGGUAUGAGAGAUCAAUACACCUGAUUGGAGUAUAUUUGUUCAUCCAUCUGACAUGUCAGUCAGAAUAUUGAUCUAUCCUGAAAAUCAGGCUAAUUUGCCGACCACAGGGUCUAACAAGGGAGAGAGCUUUAUUGAUUAGGCGAUUAGAACUAGUGGACUGGGAGGGGUCUUAUAACAGUAGAGAACACAGUCAGCAAAAAAUUGCUUGAGUGUAAAAUAAAUAUUUAAAUCAUGCCCAUUCACAUACCUUCAUAAAAGACUCUUCUGAUUAAAAAGCCUUCUUAUUACAUGUUAACAGAAGUGGCCUGCUUUACCCUUACAUGUACCUUUGCAUAAGUAAUGUAUGUAUGAAGUGAUUGUCCGAUGUUGUCAGUUACACAAUAAUGUGGGCUGUUACUGCUGUAAGACUUUUAUUCAGUAAAUAAAAUAUAUAUUAACAGAA